GUCUUCCUGUUCCACAUGCGCACUAACCCAGGCCACGUAUUGUGGAACAACAUUUAUAUUUUGGGAAGUCGAAGCCGGCUGAACGUCAAAAAUGCCUCUUCGACUUGAUAUCAAACGAAAAUUGUCGGCGCGAUCUGACCGAGUUAAAUGUGUUGACUUACACCCAAGUGAACCGUGGAUGUUAGCUAGUUUAUAUAACGGAAAUGUCCAUGUCUGGAACCACGAGUCCCAGCAACUCAUCAAAUCAUUUGAGGUGUGUGACCUCCCCGUCAGGAGUUCGAGAUUUGUCCCUAGAAAGAACUGGGUCAUAACAGGCUCGGAUGACAUGCAGAUUCGAGUGUUUAACUACAACACCCUGGAGCGAGUCCAUCAGUUCGAGGCUCACUCGGACUACAUUAGGAGUUUAGCUGUCCACCCCACACAGCCAUUUAUCCUCAGCAGCAGUGAUGACAUGCUGAUUAAGCUGUGGGACUGGGAGAAGAAGUGGACCUGUACUCAAGUGUUUGAGGGACACUCUCAUUACGUGAUGCAGAUUGUCAUCAAUCCCAAAGACAACAACACGUUCGCCAGCGCUUCCCUCGACAGAACAGUCAAGGUGUGGCAACUUGGGUCUAACACUCCUAACUUCACAUUAGAAGGUCAUGAGAAGGGAGUGAACUGUGUAGACUACUAUUCAGGGGGAGAUAAGCCAUACCUGAUCUCAGGAGCUGAUGACAGACUAAUCAAAAUAUGGGACUACCAGAACAAGACCUGUGUACAGACCCUGGAGGGACACGCUCAGAAUAUUUCUGCCGUAGCCUUCCACCCAGAGCUUCCCAUCAUAAUGACAGGCUCAGAGGACGGAACGGUAAGAAUCUGGCACGCCAACACGUACAGACUGGAAAGUACCCUGAACUACGGACUAGAGAGAGUGUGGACCAUCGCCGCUCAGAAGGGCUCCAAUAACGUUGCUCUGGGGUAUGACGAGGGCAGCAUCAUCAUAAAGCUCGGGCGUGAGGAGCCAGCCAUGUCUAUGGACAGCAGUGGCAAGAUAAUCUGGGCCAAACAUUCGGAGAUCCAGCAGGCCAACAUUAAAGCCAUCGGGGACCAGGACGUCAAGGACGGUGAGAGGCUCCCCCUGGCAGUCAAGGACAUGGGCAGUUGUGAAAUCUACCCCCAGACCAUUGCCCACAACCCUAACGGACGGUUUGUGGUGGUCUGUGGAGAUGGAGAGUAUAUUAUUUACACUGCCAUGGCUUUAAGGAACAAAAGUUUUGGAUCCGCCCAGGAGUUUGUCUGGAGUAGCGACUCGUCAGUCUAUGCUACCAGGGAAUCCACAAGCUCUGUCAAAAUCUUCAAAAACUUCAAAGAACAGAAAUCAUUCAAGCCAGAAUUUGGGGCUGAAGGUAUCUAUGGAGGAUUUUUGUUAGGUACGAGGUCCGUGAGUGGACUAGCAUUCUAUGACUGGGAAACAACAGAACUCAUCAGAAGAAUAGAAAUCACACCCAAAAAUGUAUACUGGAGUGAGAAUGGUGAGCUGUGCUGUAUCACAACAGAUGAGUCGUUCUUCGUCCUGAAGUAUGACGGUGAAGCCGUAGAAAAGGCCAAGGAAAACAAGGAGGAGAUAGGGGAGGACGGAAUUGAGGAGGCCUUCGAUGUUGUGGGGGAGAUUGAGGAGACGGUAAAAACGGGGGUCUGGGUGGGGGACUGCUUCAUCUACACCAAUAGUGUCAACCGCCUCAACUACUACGUGGGAGGAGAAAUAGUCACCAUAGCUCACCUGGACAGAUUAAUGUAUUUACUGGGAUACAUUCCGAAGGACAAUCGUUUGUAUCUGGGUGACAAAGAGCUGAACAUCGUCAGUUUCUCUCUACUGGUCUCGGUGCUGGAGUACCAGACAGCUGUAAUGAGGAGGGACUUUGAAACAGCUGAUAAAAUAUUACCUCUGAUUCCAAGAGAACACAGAUCAAGGGUCGCACAUUUCCUUGAAAAACAGGGAUUUAAAUCACAAGCUCUGGCCGUGACAUGUGACCCUGAACACAAAUUUGAGUUGGCAUUACAGCUGGGAGAUCUGAAAAUCUGUUACCAGAUCGCUAAGGAAGCAGAGUCAGAACAGAAGUGGAAGCAGCUGGCUGAACUGGCGAUCAGUAAGUGUGAGUUUGGUCUGGCUCAGGAGUGUCUCCAUCAGGCUAACGACUUUGGGGGCCUCCUGCUUCUGGCCAGCUCAGCGGGGAACGCCCAGAUGGUGGCCAAACUCGGGGACACCGCCCAGAAAGCCGGCCAGAACAACGUCGCCUUCAUCUCACACUUUGUCUUAGGAAGGUUGGAGGAAAGUCUAGAGGUGUUGAUCAGCACAGGCCGACUUCCUGAAGCUGCCUUUUUUGCCAGAACCUACCUACCUAGUCAAGUCUCCAGAGUUGUAGAUUUAUGGAGAGAACACUUAAGUAAGGUGAACAAAAAAGCUGCUAACUCACUAGCAGAUCCCAAGGAGUACGAGAACUUGUUUCCAGACUGGAAGGACGCGCUAAAAACCGAGGCUUAUCUCAAACCCCAGAGGCAACGUGCAAUCCCCGCAGACAAAUUCCCCCGUGUCCCACCUAACCACGAGAGGACACCAGUAGAGGAGAUGAAGCAGGCAGAGGAGCAGGGGUCAUUCACAUUUGUCCACGGCCCCGGGGACGAGGAGGAAGAGGAAGAAUUCGAACAAGCCCCAGAAACCUCACAACAGAGUGUAAAGGUAAAGUCUAGAGACCACACAACAAAGUGUCAAUGAAAAAUCUAGAGACCA